CUCAGUUAGUGUGAAUUAAUUUGUGACUUCUCAUGAAGUAUGGGAAAACGCAACUUAAAUAGAUCAGCUACGUAAAUAAAUGAAUUUGGGAAGAUUUUCUUAGGACGAGGUCAAGUUGUUCGCGCAGGAGCAAUCGGUGACGUCAGAGGAAGUGCACUUGUAGGAUAGGUUUAGUGUGUGCUGAGGUGUUACAUAAGCUGAAUCCAUCAAUACUAACCUCCAAACGGAAUCUUGACUACUGACUGAAGUGAAUGAAGACUGAAUUUUAGCAGUUACAUGUUCGAUGUGUUGGAUGUGUAGAACUGUGUCAUUUUGGGAUUUGUUGUAAAAUGCGACGGCGGCCCAGCGUUCGUCCUCUGGCUUCCACCUGGUUUUCGCUGUUUCUCUCGCCCUGGACACCGACUUCUUCUUCGAAGAUUGAAUGCUGAUGCCCUAUUAGCCCAGACUGUCUGUUGCCCAACCUUGUCCUCUCGAGCUGUUCCUGAAACGGCUUCACUCUGUUUACCACAAUCAUGGGGCGUAAGAAAAUACAGAUCUCACGCAUCACAGAUGAACGUAAUAGACAGGUAACAUUCAACAAGCGGAAGUUUGGCGUGAUGAAGAAAGCUUAUGAGUUGAGCGUUCUUUGCGACUGUGAGAUUGCACUCAUCAUCUUCAGCAGCUCCAACAAGCUGUACCAGUAUGCGAGCACAGAUAUGGACAAGGUACUCCUCAAGUACACCGAGUACAAUGAGCCACAUGAGUCACUCACCAACAAGAACAUCAUUGAGGCUUUGAAUAAGAAGGAGCAUAAAAAUGGCACGUGUAGUCCGGAUAGCCCAGAGCCUGAUACGGAAUACCAGCUCACACCACGUACAGAAGCAAAGUACAGCAAGAUAGAUGAGGAAUUUCAGAUGAUGAUGCAGAGAAAUCAGCUUAAUGGAAGCAGAGUCGGUAUGAAUCAAGGAAACUACUCCCUUCCAGUGACAGUGCCAGUUAACAGCAGCUAUGGGGACUCAUCCAUGCUGCAGACCAGUCCCCAGAUGCCUCAUACUAGCGUCAGUCCGCGGCCUUCCUCUUCAGAGACGGACACAGUGUAUCCGUCUGGCGGAAUGUUGGAGUUGAGUAAUGGCUACCCUAAUUCGUCAUCGCCGCUUGGAGGCUCGUCGUCCCCCGGGCCUGGACCCAGUCCGGUACUUUCCAGCAAGAACCUGCAACACGCCAAGCAACACUCACCAGCUGCCGGGCGAGCCAAUCUCCGAGUGGUGAUUCCUGCGCCUCAGGGCCACAGCCUCACUGCUGACGAACCGAGUCGAAGCACAUCAACAUUAAACACUCCUGUGGUUGCACUGCAAACUCCGUCCAUACCUGGUUUGGGAGGCUACCCAGGGUCUUUAUCUGCUUUUGGUGGGCAAGACUUUAGCAUGGGACCCGACAUGGGACUUGGAACACUGAGCUGGAGUCAUCAGUUGCCCACAUCAUUAGCUCAUACUAGUGGUCUGCCUCACUUAGCUGUGUCCAGCAGUACGCCACCUCCUUCCACAUCUCCACUGCCUGUGAAAAUCAAGAGUGAACCGAUUUCACCACCUCGUGAUGGGGGCAGCCACUCACACACAUUGGGCCAUACUCUCAGCCACCUGCAGGGCCACAGCCACGCCUUGCCACGGCCCAACUCCACUGGUCACCUCACGCCCACUCCAGGAACUGUAACCCCAACGAACUUGUCAUCGCCAGGCGAUCCGCGGCACAGCAACAGUAGUGACUAUGACAGUGGGCCGAUGCAGAAACGGGCCCGGAUCAAUGAGGGCUGGGCCACAUAGUGAAGCAGCCCAUCACAUGGGAGUACUUCAUCUUGAUCUUGGAUCUCCACAUGUGAGCCAUGAGUAAAUGCUGCAGUUAUGUGACAAGAAUAUGUGCCAUCCAGUAUGCCACCACAGUUGUUAGGCAGACAAGCGUGAUUGCUGAUAACAGUGAUAGUGCCUAUAACAGUAAUGGUUGGCUGGCAUCGUUUUGGGUUUUGCUCAAGAAGAAACCAGUUCAGUGCAGUCAUGUAAAGUGAUAGUAGUAAUAAACACAUCCACCAUGUAGCUUUUGCACAGGAAAUUAAAGUCAUUCUUUAAAAGGAAUCAGAGAGUAAAAUCAUCAUUUGUAGACAUAUGUAGCUAUUCAGACAUGCCAUGUUCCAUGAUGGUUGACCCUCAGCGCGUUUUAAUUUCGUUUCGGAAAAUGAUUGCUGUCCGUUGCCCGUAAAGUCUUUUGUGAGUGCAUGUGCUCGGUGGAAACGUACCCCUCACAGCUGCCUCAUUUCUAUGGAGAAGACAGUGAAGCAGUCCUUGUGAUGAAGUCCAAAUUGUUUGUAGAUAGUUUAUCAGAUGCAAAAAUAUAUAUAUAUAUAUAUAUAUAUCAUUGACUUAGAACUGUGUAAAGAAAUGUUUUUGUACUUGAUUUUUGUUGUGUGCAGUGCUGCGUGACUACUAUGUAGCCCCCAGAUGAGCAUCUAUUUUACUAUGCGAGUAUGUGAACAUUCCCCCAUAGCCAUGCUUUGUUUCUUGUUUCCACAGCCAGAUGAGUACUUGGCAUGUAAAGCAUGUAUGUUGCUAUAUAAAAUCAGGUUCUCUUACAUGUCAUAACAGAACUGGUAAUUCAUAAAGCCAUGAUUUUUUAAACUAGAUGCAUAAAAGCGGAUGUCACAUUAUUAUGUACAGUAUGAUUAUAUAUUUUUUCUGAGAGACAGUUAGUUUCAGUAACUUGCAAUAUUGUUUUUAGAUGUAUGUAUGUAUUUUACAUUUUGUGUUGUCAUGCUAAAUUUGGUGCUUAAUGAUUGUAGGCAGGUGGAGACUUGCAGUAUUGGUAGGCACUUCCUCUUUGCUAAAACACAUCACACGUUGCACGAGACUAAUAUAUAGUCACCAAAGUUGUUGGCAUCCAUUGGAUGGAAUGCACUAUUCUUAUACAUAUAUAUCUUUAUUGAAAUGAAUCCUGGUUGGUUCUUCCAGAAGUAAUUUGGCCUUCUUGGGCAUGAUAUUUGUUGCUAUUGUUAUAUCAUGACAAGCCAUAGGAAUGGUUUUAACUUAAGAGACCACCACUGGUAUAGCAGCAGUUAGCUAAAGCACGUAAACGUCUAAACAGACAUACAAAAUCACAAGGAGGCAACGUUACCAUUCUGUACACUGUUGAUGUUACAGUCAUACAAUACAGAAAGCCAACUUGUGCAUAUUUGUUUUGUGUUGUACUUUCUUUCAAUUUAUCAAUUACAUUAGUUUAAUUACUUGUGCCAGUGUUCGGAGGUCUCGUCACUAAUGAUAUUCUGUCUAAAGGAGAGAGUUAUAUUUCUGAAAUUAAAAUUGUAUGUGUGUACUCAUUUAUGAUAGUAUAACCAUACCAUGGAUCACAUUCUACGAUACUAACUCUGUAUUCAUAUAUACAAAUUGUUUAUAUUGUGACCAUGAUGAAUUGGGAGAAACAGUCAGGUUUCUGACACCUAGUUAACCUACCGCAGUGUUCACUAUUACUCCUCUGAAGAGAUUUUAUGGUAGAGCAACUACUUCACUGUAUUUUAACUACUGAUGCACCUCUCACAUUGUGCCAGUAGGUGCAGAUAAUGUCCUUCAUAUCUCCACUUAGGAUGCCUUACUCCGAGUGCCUCAAACAUGUGCUUGUCCACUCUGGGUUCUAACCGAUUACAUUCAUAUGUCAAUUUUGCACAACUCCUUGUCUUUGGGGCUGCAAAUGUUGGAAGAACGUUUCUGCUCAGAAAAUGUGUGUUGGUUCUGAACUGGAAAUCUCUUAGAAGUUGGUAAUAUGUUAGAAAAUGAUUUGGAAAGUUGUUUUGUUUUGUCAUGUGAUCUGGCAGAGCUCUACCAGUGGAGGUUUGUUUGUUGUAGGAUCGUUCACCUCUGGUUAAUGUAUUUUAUAAAAUUGGAUAUAAUCUACUGAAAUUUUGUAAACACCACAUGUAUUUUAACAAUAUUUGCUAUUAUUAUAUGAAGAUGUUAUAUUUUAAUAUGAGGUUGCAGCCCCAAUGGUCUUGUUGGCCCUCCUCUGACACUCUGUGCCUUCACUUUCCUCAUUCCACUCACUAACUUUACACGGCGAAAAGCAAUCAAAAUUUUAACAGAUUUUCUAUGAAGCACAAGUACUAAACCUUAGUGAGAAUGUCUUACUAGGCAAGUCCAAAGUGAGAUAAUGUAUUUAUAUAGAACGUGUCCAGAGGUGCACAAUUUGUAUAGCCAUUGUGACAAUAGAAGAGCUCUAUUUUGCUGUCUGUAAUAAAACCACUGUGCUUGUAUAGAAGUGUCGUUGCUUUUGUCUUCCAAUGGAUGGAGCUGCAGUAUCUGUUAUACCAGUAGAUUUGCAGACAUGUCUUUUUUCUUUAAUUAAAAAUACUCAUGUUGAUGAACCAUGUACUUAGCUCUUCAUUUAAUUCCAGAGUUUUUCUAAAGGUUGUUGUAAUUAUUAUUGGUUUUUUACUUGCUGACGUGCAAUAUUAUGUUACAAAUUUAAUAUAAUGUAGUCUAAAUUGUUUCACAGUACUUGCUUGUAGUCAUAAAAGCCAUUGUUCUGUUUGGAUUGGAGCAAAAAAAAUCCUCCUACUGGUCAUCGUCCUCCUUAGAGACCAUGUAUGGCAGCCACGUUGGUGUGGUGUGUUGUUUCUCAUGUACUCGACAGAUGUCUGCCGUACGUGAUAAAAAUAAAGAUUUGGAUGUCAAAUAUAUUGUUCCCAGGUCAUUUUA